ACGCGAUCCGUCGAGGCCGCCUACGACCGUGCCAGACACACCAACUCUCCAACAACGAUUUAUUCGCGCCUGCUCCAGCAAGAAGCGAGUUGACAACAACUUUCAGUUACGUCCGGAGCUCGGCGCCGGAUCCUGCAGUUUCGGCCUGAGAUUGACGGAGCUUGGCCAACACACGCACGGCGAGCUGCACCUUAUUGGGUUCAAGCUCGAGCAGAUGGGUCGCCACGACAUGGCUUGCACCGACGGCUCGCUCGCUUUCAAGCAGCGCGCGCAUCCUGAAAUCAAAGAGUGGGUCAUGGAUCUGGUGCGCAAGGGGUGCUCGGAGGCGUCCAUU